AUGGGGGAUACUUAUGAUCAUUAUUACAAAAAUGCCACUUGUUCUUCUUCACCUUCUGCCUCAGUUUCUCCAGCUGCUGCUGCUGCUCCUGCUCCUGCUCAGCCUCCUUCGACGUCCGACGAAAUCUCUCUUUUUCUGCAGCAGAUUUUGCUCCGUUCGUCUAGUUCUCUGGCCUCGGUGGUGGCCCACACGGGCAAGGCCCCGCAGUUUUUGUUUUCAUCGUCUCCGUCCGUUGCUGCUCUGCCUGAUCAUCUCAGCCGUCCGUGCCACUCCAUGUUCCUAGGGGACGGGAUCACGGCCGUUGAUUCUUCCGCCGCGCUUAUGCCGGCGGGGAAUCCCAAUGUGUCUUCCUCUUCGUUCGGAGCGAGUGAGAAUGAGACGGACGAGUAUGAUUGUGAAAGCGAGGAGGGUCUUGAAGCAUUGGUGGAAGAGGCGGCAGGGAAGCCAGGGUGUGGUCGAAGUUCUUCAAAGAGAAGCAGAGCUGCAGAAGUUCAUAAUAUGUCUGAAAAGAGGAGGAGGAGUAGGAUUAAUGAGAAAAUGAAGGCAUUGCAAAAUCUUAUCCCAAAUUCUAAUAAGACGGAUAAGGCUUCAAUGCUUGAUGAAGCCAUUGAGUACCUCAAGCAGCUUCAGCUCCAAGUGCAGAUGUUAUCAAUGAGAAAUGGCAUGAGUCUGCAUCCUAUGUGCCUACCUGGAGCGCUGCAACCUGUCCAACUCUCCCAGAUGAGAAUGGACCUUGGUGAAGAAAAUAGGCCUCUGCAUUUGGACAUGACAAGCACACCACUUAUGAACCAGGAAUCUCCAACACAAAAUUUGUUCCAUUUCUCCAACCAAUGCACCAAUGCAAACCAGUCAUAUGUACCAGACAUGUCAAAUGUAGUCAAUUCAGAAACCUCGUUUGGGUUGGAAUCGUCAAUGCAGGCUCACUUGGGACCCUUUCAACUGCCAAACUCAUCCGAGAAUUUGAAUUGGGAGCGACAGCUAGAGUCUCGCUUUCCUUUAACACACAAGUAUCUGAUCCGAAAGGCAGUAGUUCUCUGGGAGCAUGUAUCACAGGAAGAAACCGGCAGGAAGGUCUACUUUUAA